AUAAUCAUCGUAGAGAGCGAUUGCGAUUAAUAGGGAAGUUAUUGCAGCGAUCUAUUGUUGUCUGCAUGCUUCGUACGUGUGUAUUAAAACUGCGCGACUCGCGUGACGAUAAAAAUACAUAUGCACGCGGUGCAUAUAGUUCUCGUAUGAGUUUCCUGGAGUUGCGAGUAUUACCGAGGUCGAUGAAAAUGGGAAACGCGGAAACGUAGAAAUCGGAGAAAGUCGUUCGGGCGCGAUCGUAUGCUGCGAUGGGAGCGUGAUGGGGAAAAUACGUUUGUAAAAUCGAGGGAUGGAAGGACGGCGGAAACGAAGCGAAAGAGAAAGAAAUAAAUUUAUAUGUAAUACGAUAAUGUAAUUUAACGGUAUGGCGAAGUAGGAUUGAGCUAUUAGCAUAUUGAGGAGCGACGUAUGGCGGUGAAAAAGUCCCGGGAUGCUCGCCCUGGGAAAUGGAAAGAGCGGAUGGUCGGGUAAAGAGGAUAGUAACGGGAUGUCCGCGAAAACCACGGAGAUCCUGUACCACUCGUGUGAGAUACGAGACGAGCGAACCCAAUUUUGCCUUCGAUCAUAGAACUCGUUUCUCUUCUUCCGUCACACGUAACUUUUGAAGCGUGAGAGUCUUCUCUACGAAAAUUUCGUUUGUUUAUUUCAAAGUGUCUCCUUUAGUUAUCCGCGUGACUAAAAUUGCGUUUUCCUUAUCGAUAAACGGGCGCGCGCAAGUCCAUCGUAGAUUAUUUUGAACCCCCCCCCUCUCUCUCUCUCUCUCUCUCUCUCUCUCUCUCUCUCUUUCAUCUCCCUUCCCCCUGGGGAACACGUUCGGAAACUACAUCGCGGAUUCCUGCUGAAUCACCCUGUACGUACCGCGCGAGUGCGAGGGAGAAGGGAAUAAGGGAUGAAAAGAGGAGAAAGAGGGAGAGGGAAAGAACGAGAGUGACAGAACGAAGGGACGAGGGCUCGGCGCAUGCGUGCCGACGCAACAAUAUGGUGAAUUCCGCGAAGCGGCCUAGUAUCCGCCCGACCGUCAGCUGAUCGAUAUACAUCCGCACGCACGCCACGUCAUACGCGCCGUACCGUGAGCGACACGCAUGUCAUGUCAUGCCGUACAUCGGGCUAACCCGUUACGCGCCGCGACUUGGCGCCGCGCCGCGCGACAACCCUCAUCGCGCUCGGUCCGCGUCUCGGGAUUUCGUAUCUCCAUUACGUCUACCCGUCGUCCGUGUUCUCUCGUUGUCGUCGUGGAUGAGCGGGACGGGUCUCGGCGGCGAGUUCUCCUCGAGAGAGUUCCGAAGGCGAGAGAAAGAGCUUCGGCCAGCAGCCGCAGGUCUUAGUGCCGAUUCAACGCGGAGACUGCAAGGGCAGUCAUCAUUAUUGGAAUAAUGAAGAGAGAAGCCGAGGCUGGCGCCAUGACAGGUUCCGGGGGACCGACCAGCCCCCAUAAGCGCUAUCGACAGGGUGACGAUGAACUCCGUCUUCUCAUCCCGAGUAAGGUUGCUGGUUCGAUAAUCGGCAAAGGUGGUCAGAACAUCACGAAACUCAGGAGUCAGUACAAAGCCUCAAUCAUUGUACCCGAUUGCCCCGGACCCGAACGGGUGCUUACCAUCAGCUCGGACCUGCCCACUGUUCUGCAAGUGUUGAACGAGGUCGUACCUAAUCUGGAGGAGAAUGGAUCUCGUCAUGGCAGCGACGAGAUCGACGUGCGCAUGCUGGUGCACCAGAGCCAAGCGGGAUGCAUCAUUGGCAAAGGGGGUUUGAAGAUCAAGGAGCUCCGCGAGAAAACCGGAGCCAGGAUCAAGAUCUACUCGAACACCUGCCCCCGCAGCACGGAUCGUCUCAUCAGCAUCUGCGGGAAACCCACGACGUGCAUCGAAUGCAUACGUGAAUUGAUCGCCACCAUUAAGACCUCUCCACUGAAGGGUGUGAACAAUCCUUAUGAUCCGCACAACUUUGACGAUUUUUACGCCGAUGACUACGGCGGUUAUGGUAACGCCGACGGUGGUCAAAGCAAGGUUGGCGGAUUUGGUGGUCCCGGUGGCCGUGGCGGUGGUGGCGGCGGCGGUGGUGGCGGUGGCGGCGGUGGCGGAAUGCCACCGAGACGCGACAAUCGCGGCGGCGGUCCUGGUGACAUGAAUCGCGGUUUUCCGCCACCACGAGGCGGCCCGCGUGGCGGCGGCGGCGGCGGAGGCGGAGGUGGCGGCGGUGGCGGCGGCGGAAUGUCCGGCGGCCCACCGGAUCGCGGAUACGGCGGUAACUCGCGCGUGGGCGGCGGUGGUGGCGGAGGCGGCUACGAGGGUGGCCGCGGCGGUGGCGGAUACGGCGGCGGUGGUGGCGGCGGCGGCGGCGGCGGUGGCGGCGGAAACCGAGGUGGCCCGCCACCCUACGGCGGCGGAAAUUACAACGGUGAUGGAUGGGGAAUGCAAGGAGGCGCACCCAAUGGCUUGGGUGGCGGCGGUAACACGGGAAUGGGUGGCCCACCUAUGGGUGGGAACAACCAAGGCAACCAGGGCAACAUGAGUGGAAACAAGACCAGUACACAAGUCACCAUUCCGAAAGAUUUGGCCGGAGCCAUAAUUGGCAAAGGUGGUGCGAGGAUCAGAAAGAUUAGAUCCGACAGUGGUGCUGGAAUAACUAUAGAUGAGCCACUGCCAGGUAGUAACGAUCGCAUCAUCACCAUCACUGGAAUUCCCAGUCAGAUACAAAUGGCCCAGUACCUGCUGCAGCAGAGCGUGCACGAGAAUGCAGAGCAUCAUUACUAAGACGUGGUGAGGGAUGCAUUCGGGGAAGAGGGGAGCCAAAGAUGCGCUUUUGUAACUUUUUUUUUUUUAGAAAUAUUUCUUGGGCAAACACACAUACAAACGCUGAAAAUGGAACCUGAAACAAGUACAUUUGACAUGCACCUGCAGAAACGCGCGCAAGAAACUGGGAUACUUCCGAUAGAAUGUUGCGUACAGGGGGAUAAUCCGUAGAAUUUAAUACUAUAUACGCAUACAUACACAUACAUACACACAGACAUACAUAUACCACACGCGAAUCACCCUCUCCCAGGAAGAUAAACGCUUGUGGUCGAUGCUAACGUGACCUUGACGUGGCGGUCCUUAUUCAAGGAUAAUAGUCACUCAUUGCAGCCUGCAGAGUAAAUCGAUUCACGAAUCGAGUACCGUUAAACGUUUUCGAUGUCGGCCUUUCUUUAGUGUAGAAUUCUCUUGUUUGUAUCGUGUCCACGAGGCACACAUACUGUCGAUGUGACAGCGGGGGGUUUCAAACUGGCGAGUAAUUGCACCAUGUUCCCCGAUGUUAGCAUUCCCAAGAAAACGUAUUUAUCCAUUAAUGGAAGUCCAAAGAAUGAUCAAUUUUUUUUAUCAUAAAGUGCGCGCUAUAUUUCGCAGGGAACCAUCGUGUAUCUUUUUCUUUUUCUCUUUUUUUUCGUUAUCAUUAUCAUUAGAUCUUGUCUCUUUCGCCCAAAAAAUCACUGUAUUUUAAUUUUGAAUUAUAUAGAUUGUGCCAACGAACAAUCAAGACGCUGGCGCAAGACAGCCAAUUUGAAACCGUUAGAUGCGACUCUCCUGAACAUCGAGACCUGACAACGCACACUUUUCCCAUUACGUUUCUUUCCAGCUUUUUGAUAAAUUCUUUACAAAUUCUAAUCCUACGGAAGUAAGAAUAAAUGCGCAUAGAGUGAAUGCGAGGGAACAGUAUCGAAGAAGCAGAUAGAUCGAGUGAGCGAGAGAGAGAGAGAGAGAGAGAGAGAUUUUAUUAGGCUAACGUUUGCAGGAAAAGAACUGACAAGUAUGUUCGCAAGAAGAAACUGUACAUAAGACACUACUAACAUCCCUUUCCUUUCCUUAAUUACUGCAUACACUGGCAGAUAUGCGUUUCUGCUGUUGCAUUAUUAUUAUAGUUACUAAUUAUUAUUACUAUAUGAUUAUUGAUAAGAAUAUUUUUGCGUUAUAUCCCAAAUCUAUAUUAAUCCCAUCUUCAAUCGCUAGCGGACGCGUAAGCGUUCUUAGUGUUAUAAUGGAUAGAAAUAUUUAGGCUUAAUGAAAAGACGUAACUUUAAGGGGGCACCAUCGGCGAAAAGCGAACUGUUAUGAAACGAUUUGAUUCAGAAAAUGACAAGAACGAAACUAAAUCUGUUAUGAAAUCCAUCAUAGUAAUAUAGUAUUUUAGUGUUCAUUAUUGUUUUAUAGAUUCUCUAACAAACAUAAUGAAACGUAUUUUUCAGUUUUCUCCAUUCUCCGUGCAGUUAUUUUUCUGUGUUAUAUUGUACAGAAUCUUGCGAGAAACGUGUGAAUUCGAAUGUAUUAAAGUAGUUUGAUUUAAGAUGCUGUUGCUACUGCUAUAUAUAUAUAAAAGCAAAUAAUUCGUUAUCAAAAUUCUUACGCAAAAAUCAUACAAAGAUACGAUCACGAAUAUCUUAAAGAUAACAGCCGAAUUCGGCGUACGACAUGAUCUCUGUAAAUAUAUACCUCUGCUAGGUAGCACCACUUUGAAAUGUGACUGCUCGAACGGAUGUAUCUUUUGGCAAAUAGUGGCCAUGAUUUUCCAAGUGCAAUUAGAAGCAGUUGUACUGAAAAAAGAUAUUAUUUAGCCGUUCACAGCCAUUCGAGCGAUCGUAAUCGCGUGAAAACCCCGUCCUGGAUAGUCGAUUUAAUACUCGAAUAAGUGCGUCCAAACAUGCCUAAGAAAUUCAAGGUUACCCUUGAACCUCCGUACUCAUUGGAUGAUUGAAUUGUCAUGAUAUACGCAAAGCUGUGUUAAGCCAGUACAACCUUUUCGACGAAGAAGAUAAAGUAUGAAGUAUAAUCAACGUAAAUAACAUUCUAAAUGCCAUUUUCAGCUUUCACGUAUACCGAUGGUCAGCCCCGAGUUAUCUCAUUUUCUCUCUCUUUCUUUCUCUUGCUCUCUCUCUCUCUCUCUCUCUCUUUCUCCUCCAGUCCCUGAAAGUACAUUUAGUCUGGUCAGUAGACGUCACCCCUAUCAGGGUGCCUACAAAGGGCAUUUUUAAGCAUCUUGACCGUGUGGAUCGUAUCCGUUAUACAGAGAUCUAUCGACCAGUAGGCAGUAGGUGACGCAUUCGCAGUCUGUUACACUUUCAGGAUCAUCGCGUGUGGAUUUGCAUAGAUACACAAAGAGCUUGAACAAUGACAUGCUCGAGUCAUGAAAUGUGAAAUCACGAUUCAUAUGUAAAUUCGCAUGUGAUGAAUUUUACAGAUUAGAGAUGAUGAUUUUAGAGAGAUCUCCCGUUAUUCUCGCAACAAGAUUCCAAUCAACUGUUUACAGAGAGACGAGCUUUCCCAAUUUUUUCUUCCCCUUUUAUUAAUUACCUUGUUAGUUCUGGUGCCAUUGCGUUUCUACAUCAUUGUUCAAAUUCAAAUGCGGAGCACCGAGAGAAAAAUAUGUUUUUUUUUCGCGUGGCGCUCGCGUUACGCAAAACAUUUGUUUUGUACAUUUAUUUUUUCGAUUUAUUCGCUUGAGAUCGAGUAAUAUUAUUUCAUCAUUAUUAUCUAAAGAAAUGGUUGUCGAUCUGUGAACAGUUCCGUGGGAUUAUCUCGGUCCGCAAGGCAGAGGGAAUCGCGGUUUCUCUUGUUUGAACAGGCGUGCGAAUGAGAUCGCAAAUGAAACAAAACUACGUGAAAUGAAUCAAAACUAUAUACCGCGCGCAACUUCGACCGCGUGUUAUGCAUUUUUUUGUCUAACACAAACACACGUACAUACACUUGUUAACUGUAACCCAUUUCACUACGACGAGGCACAUAAGCACGCGUGAAUGAAUGGCAGUACGCGAGGACGCGUAUGUGUCUGAAUGCGUGUGUGCAUGAGGAAAAUAUCGACGCCAGAUAUAUAAACCGGUUUAUUGCAACUGGGCUUUUGGUAUCGCGAGAGGGUUGAAAGAGAUAACAUGUAUGAUCGCAAAAGUGAUUGAUAGAAAGAGAGAGAAAGAGAGCGCGCGCGAAUGUGUAUGUGUGAGAGAAAGAGAAAGAGACAACGCUAUACACUCGUACGUAUCACGAUUACGUGUACUGUAUAAGAUAAACAGUUUACAAUUAUUUGUAACGGAUACUUUUUAUUUGUCAAAUAAAAGUUAGUACAAAGCA